UCGGAGAGCGGGGACGCGGGGCGCGCUGUCGGGCGGGGGCGAGGUUCGGGCCGGUUGUGCCGUUGCGAGGCUGCAGCUGCGGUCGCUGCGGUGGGCCCAGAAUUGUAUCCUGAAUUUGUAAAUUGGAGACUCCAGUGACAUUGCCACUCUUGUUUUGAGGUAGUGCCUUGGAUCCAGUCCAAGUUGAAUCGUUGUUCUGGUAAGGUGACAGCUAAAAUACUACCUCUUGACCAUCUUCCCUAAGUGAGGUGUAACUGAAAAGCGAUCUUCAAAGAUGUCAAAAACAAACAAAUCCAAGUCUGGAUCUCGCUCUUCUCGCUCAAGAUCUGCAUCGAGAUCUCGUUCUCGUUCAUUUUCAAAGUCUCGAUCCCGAAGCCGAUCUGUCUCUCGUUCAAGGAAGCGCAGGCUGAGUUCUAGGUCUCGUUCCAGAUCAUAUUCUCCAGCUCAUAACAGAGAAAGAAAUCAUCCAAGAGUAUAUCAGAACCGGGAUUUCCGAGGUCACAACAGAGGCUAUAGAAGGCCCUAUUAUUUCCGUGGGCGCAAUAGAGGCUUUUAUCCAUGGGGCCAAUAUAACAGAGGAGGCUAUGGAAACUACCGCUCAAAUUGGCAGAAUUACCGGCAGGCAUACAGUCCUCGUCGGGGCCGCUCCCGAUCUCGGUCCCCAAAGAGAAGGUCCCCUUCACCAAGAUCCAGGAGCCAUUCUAGGAACUCCGAUAAGUCGUCUUCUGACAGGUCAAGGCGCUCCUCAUCUUCUCGUUCUUCCUCCAACCAUAGUCGAGUUGAGUCUUCUAAGCGCAAGUCUACAAAGGAGAAAAAGUCUUCUUCCAAGGAUAGCCGGCCUUCUCAGGCUGCCGGGGAUAACCAGGGAGAUGAGGCCAAGGAGCAAGCAUUCUCUGGAAGCACCUCUCAAGAUACUAAGGCAUCUGAGAGCUCAAAGCCAUGGCCAGAUGCCACCACCUACAGCACUGGUUCUACAUCACGUGCCUCUGCGGUUUCUGAGCUGAGUCCUCGGGAGCGAAGCCCAGCUCUCAAAAGUCCUCUCCAGUCUGUGGUGGUGAGGCGGCGAUCACCCCGCCCCAGCCCUGUGCCAAAACCUAGUCCUCCACUUUCCAACACAUCCCAGAUGGGCUCAGCUCUGCCGAGUGGUGCUGGGUAUCAGUCUGGGACACAUCAAGGUCAGUUCGACCAUGGCUCUGGAUCUUUGAGUCCAUCCAAAAAGAGCCCUGUGGGUAAGAGUCCACCGGCCACUGGCUCUACGUAUGGCUCAUCUCAGAAGGAGGAGAAUACUGCUCAAGGAGGAGCAGCCUAUACCAAGAGGUAUCUAGAAGAGCAGAAGACAGAGAAUGGAAAAGAUAAGGAACAGAAACAAACAAAUGCUGAUAAAGAGAAAAUGAAAGAGAAAGGGAGCUUCUCUGACACAGGCUUGGGUGAUGGAAAAAGUAAAUCUGAACCAUUUGCUCCCAAAAGCGAUACCGAGAAGUCUUUUCGGGGCAGCCAAUCUCCCAAAAGAUAUAAGCUCCGAGAUGACUUUGAGAAGAAGAUGACUGACUUCCACAAGGAGGACUUGGAUGAACAAGAUAAGGACAAAGCUAAGGGGAGGAAGGAAUCUGAGUUUGAUGAUGAACCCAAAUUUAUGUCUAAAGUCAUAGCAGGUGCAAACAAAAGCCAGGAAGAGGAGAAGUCAGGCAAAUGGGAGGGCCUGGUGUAUGCCCCUCCAGGGAAGGAAAAGCAGAGGAAAACAGAGGAGCUGGAGGAGGAGUCUUUCUCAGAGAGAUCCAAAAAGGAGGAUCGGGGAGGGACCAAGAGAACCGAAAGUGGGCACAGGGGGUUUGUGCCUGAAAAGAAUUUCCGAGUGACCGCUUACAAAGCAGUCCAGGAGAAAAGUUCAUCGCCUCCCCCAAGAAAGACCUCUGAGAGCCGAGACAAGCUGGGAGCCAAAGGAGACUUUUCUUCUGGGAAGUCUUCCUUUUCCAUUACUCGAGAAGCCCAGGUCAAUGUCCGGAUGGACUCUUUUGAUGAGGACCUUGCACGACCCAGUGGGUUAUUGGCUCAGGAACGCAAGCUUUGUCGGGAUCUAGUCCAUAGCAACAAAAAGGAACAGGAAUUUCGUUCCAUUUUCCAGCACAUACAGUCAGCUCAAUCUCAGCGCAGCCCCUCAGAAUUGUUUGCCCAGCAUAUUGUGACCAUUGUUCACCACGUGAAAGAGCAUCACUUUGGGUCCUCUGGAAUGACAUUGCAUGAACGCUUUACUAAAUACCUAAAGAGGGGAACUGAGCAGGAGGCCGCUAAAAACAAGAAAAGCCCAGAGAUACACAGGAGGAUAGACAUUUCCCCCAGUACAUUCAGAAAGCAUGGUUUGGCUCAUGACGAAAUGAAAAGUCCUCGGGAACCAGGCUAUAAGGCUGAGGGAAAAUACAAGGAUGAUCCUGUGGAUCUCCGCCUUGAUAUUGAACGCCGUAAAAAACAUAAGGAGAGAGAUCUUAAACGAGGUAAAUCAAGAGAAUCAGUGGAUUCCCGAGACUCAAGCCAUUCGAGGGAGAGGUCAACUGAGAAAACAGAGAAAACUCAUAAAGGAUCAAAGAAGCAGAAGAAACACAGGAGAGCACGAGACCGGUCCAGAUCCUCCUCCUCCUCCUCCCAGUCAUCUCACUCCUACAAAGCAGAAGAGUACACCGAGGAGACAGAGGAGAGAGAGGAAAGCACCACAGGCUUUGACAAGUCCAGACUGGGGACCAAAGACUUUGUGGGUCCAAGUGAAAGAGGCGGCGGCAGAGCUCGAGGAGCCUUUCCAUUUCGAGCCAGAGGGAGAGGCUGGGGCAGAGGCAACUACUCUGGUAACAACAACAACAGCAGCAACAAUGAUUUCCAAAAGAGAAACCGGGAAGAGGAAUGGGACCCAGAGUACACACCCAAAAGCAAGAAGUAUUACUUGCAUGAUGACCGGGAAGGCGAAGGCAGUGACAAAUGGGUGAGCCGGGGCCGGGGCCGAGGAGCCUUUCCCCGGGGUCGGGGCCGGUUCAUGUUCCGGAAAUCGAGUACCAGCCCCAAAUGGGCCCAUGACAAGUUCAGUGGGGAGGAAGGGGAGAUCGAAGACGACGAGAGUGGGACAGAGAACCGAGAAGAGAAGGACAAUUUACAGCCUACAACUGAGUAGGGGCUGCUCUUGGAGAGAGAGCCCUUGUCCAGGGGAGAGCGGCACUGGGAAGAUGGCUGGUGAGGAGUUAAAACAGGAGCCUCAAGAAGAUUCUGAAAAUCCCACCCCCACCCC